AUUUUUGAUUGUUAUAUAAUUCUGUAUCACAAGAUGAACAAUCUCCCUUGGAUGCAGUGAAAGUAGUGAGAGAAUGCUUUUACUAUAUAUAGUGAACUUUCCUAAAACUAUCUAUCAGUUGAUUCGUUUUAAUAUACAGUUCGACAUCUCUCUUCGAAACGCUGAAUAAUGAAUAAUUUCUUUUGUAUAUCACUCUUGGUGGCUAUCGCAACCGUAAAUGCUGGAUAUUCAGGCAGUUACGGAGGACACGAAGGCUAUGGUGGUGACGGUGGAGGUCACCACGACAUUUCUCACACUGUUGAAAUAACGAAGCAUGUUCCGAUUCCCGUCUACAAACACGAAGCAGUACCAAUUCCUCAUACUAUUCCCGUACCAAUUCCUAAACCAGUAGCUGUACCUGUUCCUCAACCCUACCCUGUCCACAUUAAGGUACCCCAACCCGUUGCUGUACCUGUGAUCAAAACCAUCACCAUUCCUGUUGAGAAACCUGUACCUUACAAAGUCGAAAAGGAAGUAGCUUACCAUGUUGAAAAACCAGUACCUGUUCCAGUAGAAAAACAUAUUCCAAUCAAGAUCCCCAGGCCAGUACCCGUCAAAGUACCAGUGUACAAGGUUAUAUACCACCAUAGCAAACAUUAA